AUGGCCGACGACGACCAUGUAAACAUUAAGGAGGAGAUACUGCUGUGGGAAGCCCUUCAACAAGGAGGAAAUGGUGCUAGGGAGAUGUCACCUCUGCUGCACAACGCUGGAGAUGAGGCGGGUCAGGGUGGGGACUUUGAUCUGCUGAGCCUCCUCAUCGGGCAAGCGGACAAUCAGAAGCGAGGCGACACAGGCUUUCAUCCCAUGCAAGAGCUCUUCACUGAGCAGCAGACACCAGCGUUUCCUGGCCGAUUAGGGAUACCCCCCCUCACUCAGACAGGGAUGUCCUUACCUUCUCCAACAGGGAUGCCCUCGCCCACCAAUAUGGGUCAGGUGGACAACCCGCAACAUUCAUUUACAACUGCGUUCUCCAGCCCCAUGCAAGGGGCAUUCAUUGGUCAAAGCAUGCCAGCUCGCCGCCAGCUUUUCCCUCUCCAGUCGGGGAUGCCCGCACCGACAGUCAGGGAGUCCUCAUGGGAGUCCCUCAGACUAGUAACAAAACACGUGCAGGGGCUGGGGGUCUCGUUUUCAGGCGUGCGCCAGCUUUCCUCUCCCCAGACAGUGGCACCGACUUCGAUUCAAGGAGUCUACGGGCUUGCCAACAAGCCCAGCACGAGCGCCUACGGCUUUGCGCCCGCAGCCAGCGCCAGCGCCUACAGUCGUGCGCCCAGAGCCAGCGCCAGCGCCUUUGCCUCAAGAAAACGCGCACGCCAGGACUACAAUGAAGAGAGAGUGAUGGUUUCAGUCUUGAAGCAGUUGUCGCCCUUCGCGCCAGACAGGCAGGAAAGGUUGGUCAACCUAGUCCAAUUCUUGGAGCAGUUGUAG